UACAGAUUCUGUCAGUACUUUUGGCAUGAGGGUGGGCGCUGUUCGCCUGUCACACGGGCCUGGGGAGCUUUGGUCUAGGGAAUGGCAGCGGCUAGUUCUGCGUGGAUCCCAUUAGAACAAAAGCUAGAGUAGAGGCGAGUGUGGUGGCUGGCGUACGCCUUUAAUCCCAGCAUUCGGGGGCUGAGGCAUGCGGAUCUCUAUGAGGAAACUGAGGCCCAGAGAGGUUAAGUGUAUUGGCCAAAGUCAAACAGCUAGUAAGUGAUGGAGCCAGGACUCAAACUCAGCUUAGGAGCCAUGUCCACUUUGUUCCCUUCCCUGUUCCCUCGUGUGACUGAGACAUUGUGGUUUAAUCUGGAUCGACCCUGUGUGGAGGAGACAGAGCUGCAGCAGCAGGAGCAGCAGCAUCAGGCCUGGCUCCAAAGCAUCGCAGAGAAAGACAACAACCUGGUACCUAUUGGCAAGCCAGCCUCAGAGCACUAUGAUGAUGAGGAAGAAGAGGAUGAUGAAGAUGAUGAGGACAGUGAAGAGGAUUCAGAAGAUGAUGAGGACAUGCAGGACAUGGAUGAGAUGAAUGACUAUAAUGAGUCACCUGAUGAUGGAGAGGUCAAUGAGGUGGACAUGGAAGGCAACGAGCAGGAUCAGGACCAGUGGAUGAUCUAGGUAGACAAGCCAAGGUGGCCUCAGGGUGAUUCCAGGCCACCCCAACCUAUCUUGCAUCCACAGCUUCAGCCCCUCAGCCUGCAGAACCAGCUUGUGGCUGUAGUGUCUAAAGCUUUUCCUUAGGCACUUUCUCAGCUGCUGCAGGACAAGGUUUCCUUGGGCCCUCCCAGGCCAUCAGUCUUCCCUUGAAUCCCUAGGGCCUGAGCCCAUCCCACCUUCCUGGCUGGUACCUCAUUCCUUGGUUGCCAGGUGUGGUCCCUUUCUAACCCUCUUUAAUAAAGACACAGGACUGAUUCUUCCCCCCAAUGUCUAUUCCCUGUUUGUUGGUGGGACCCAGAGAAGUCCAGUAUCUUUUCUUGGACAUUGGGAAGGGGUCAUUUAAGGGAUCUCAAGCCAACCUAAUGGACUAAGUGGGCCAGGAUUGGAGCCCAGCCUUCUCUGGUUGAUAAUUCCUGUGGCCUAGCUUGCACCCAGAUGCUCUACAGGGCCUCAUUGUCUACAGCUGCCUCUGAUCCCAUCCAGAAGCUGUCUGAGACUCACAGCUGGGAUUCUCUGGGCACUGCCAGCCAGCUGUCUUCUUUUUGUAGUAAUUUAUUUAUUUUAUGCUUAGAGAUUUUUGUCUGUCUGUCUGUCUGUAUGUAUGUAUAUCACAUGUGUGCCUGUGCCAUGUGAGUGCUGGGAAUUGAACCCAAGUUCUCUAGAUAGAGAGCAACAGCCAGUGCUCUUAACUGUUGAGCCAUCUUUCCAGCCCCUUAGUGUUAAGAGAAUAGACUGAAUCUCAGAAGAGGGAAGGACUCACCUGGAGGGAGCAGUCAAUAACAGAACUAGGUUGAAGGCUCAAGCCUCUUGCUUCCAGUCUCUGGUUUUCUAGGAGAGGACCUUGUGAGACCAAGGAGACUGAGACUUUGACACUUUGGAUUGGUAUGGAGGCUGGGGUCGGGCAAAGUUGAGAAGAAAGUCUCCCCAGCCUGAACCUAGCAAAUGCUGGACACUAAACAGAAAGGGAAAGGGAGGGGAUAUUCUGAGGUCCUUGCUUGAAUGGGGUUGGGAUUGUAUCAGUAAAUAUCCCAGGUCCUGGAUCUCAGCCAGGUCCAGCAUAGGUGAGUUGGGCUAUGCCAUCCUUGAUGGCAGGGAAGUCUGGGAGGCUGGUGUGGUGGAGGCGACAGCGAUAGCGGCCGCAGCUCUUGGUGUACUGUAGGAAGCGGGGUGCACCAGGAAAAAGCACAUGGUCAGCCAAUACUGUGGCACCAUUUGGAAGCAGAGCAUGGGCCUCCAGUAGCUGCAGAUCCCUUAAGUAAUAUCGAGGUCGGUGUGCCAGGAGCACUAGAUCUGCCCGAUUCAGCUGGUGCUGAGCUCUUAGACGUGGGAUCACUUCCUCUGAGCUUCCCGCAAUGAGUUCCACCUGUGGGGAAAGCCAGAGCGAAGGUGAGAAUAAGGAGGAAUGCUUUCCCACUCCAGACCCCUCGGGAUCUGGCUGAUGUCAUGCCAGGCACUGGUCUAGGCCCUCACGAGUGUCUCACAUUUCCUCUGGCCUCAGAAAUCCAGAAGUCAGCAUCACUAUUGUAAUGUCCAUUAUGUGUCCAUGAAGAAGCUGAGAAUCAGAGGAUAUGUGCUUUACCUGAGGUCACACAACUAACUGAACAGUAAGCUUUGGACUCAGAUUUGCUUGGCUAUGGGGAGCCUCCUCUUAGCUGCUGCUUUUGUAGUCCAGUAGGAAAUAAGAGCAAAUGACUCUGGAUUGAGGGGGUAGGAGCUACAUGCCCUCCAGUAUGCCAGCUCCCUGAAUGGAGCUGCUUCCUUGAAUGGGAGGCCCUCACAAAAGAGGCCUGGCUAGAGCAAUUCCUGGGGUAGUUGAGGAGAGACCAGCUUUGGGGAGAUGGGAGCCUGACCAUUUGCUCAUCGAAGCCAGCCAGCCGGAUGAGUUUUUCAGCCACUGCUGCUGUACGAGGGUCCCGCUCCACAGUGAGAAGGCGACUCCCAGGGGGCAAAGCGCGUGCAAUAAGCAGUGUAGAAUAUCCGCAGUAGGUGCCCAACUCCAGCACACAGGCAGGGGCCUUCUCUUCCACCAGCCGCAUCAGAAUCUGACCUAUGGGGCAAGGUGGCUGUUGUAGAAAGCAUCCAUAAUGGUUGUGCCCAGAAUCCAACAUGCUGCUGUGCUUUCUUCCUGUUGUAUUUAGAGAUGAGGCUGACAGGCUGACUGCCCUUUCCCACUCCUGUCUCCACCCACCUGGCCAACUUGAAUCCAGGCAGUCUAGACUCAGUUUAAAUGUUCCUUCCUCCAGGAGGGCCCAGGCAAAAACAACCACCCCACCUUCCAGGUUCCUGAGACAUUUUCAGUUUCAUACUCAAAUCCCUACACUCCCCUAUUGCUCGUUGACUUUUUGAUUUUGGAAUUGGAUACACGUCUUAAUACUUAGAAAUACUGUGCUGUCUAAGCAGACAGCUAUCCUGAAUUAGAUGUGGAAGUCUCUGGUAGGGAAGAAAGUCUAGAACAGAUCAUUACAAAGCUCUGAGUUAUGAUUAUUCCCCUGUGUUAUGCUCUUUGAGGCCAGCAUUUGUGGCUGGUUCACCCUCUGUCACUUCUACCUCCUCCCUCAGCACCUGGUACAAAAGAGUGGCAAUAAAUGUCUGCUGGAUAAUUGAA